GUAGGGAGGGGGGAGGAAGGAGAGGGAGAGAAAGAGGGAGCGCGCGAGAGCUCGAGCCUGACUGAGUCUCCUCAGUCAGAAGAAAAGCCGGGUCGGAAGAGUCGGAGCCGAGAAAAGAAAAGAGGUGUGAAUUGUAUAGUUGUAUGUGCGGUAACAACAUGUCUGUCCCCCUCCUUGCUGAUGCUGUGACCGUUUCAGGGACAGAGCGGGAGACUGCAGCGGUCAUUUUUUUGCACGGGCUCGGUGACACAGGGCACAGCUGGGCUGAUGCUCUGUCUUCCAUCCGGCUCCCUUAUGUGAAAUACAUCUGCCCUCAUGCGCCCAGGAUCCCUGUCACUCUCAACAUGAAAAUGGUUAUGCCCUCCUGGUUUGAUUUAAUGGGGCUAAGUCCGGAUGCACCAGAAGAUGAAAACGGAAUUAAAAAAGCUGCUGAGAACAUUAAAGCUGUAAUUGACCAUGAAGUAAAAAAUGGGAUCCCAGCCAACCGGAUCAUCUUGGGAGGCUUUUCACAGGGUGGCGCCCUGUCCCUCUACACAGCACUCACUUGCUCUCACCAGUUGGCUGGCAUUGUGGCCCUCAGCUGUUGGCUUCCCCUGCACAGGACCUUCCCUCAGGCAGCAAAUAAUGGUGUGAACAAGGAUAUCGCCAUUCUGCAGUGCCAUGGUGAGAUGGACCCGAUGAUCCCAGUGCGCUUCGGAGCUCUCACUGCAGAGAAGCUGAAGGGGGUUGUGAAUCCUAGUAGAAUCCAGUUCAGAACCUACCCCAGAAUGAUGCACAACUCUUGCCCUCAGGAGAUGAUGGCGGUGAAAGACUUCAUUGAAAAACUGUUGCCCAGGAUUUAAGCUGAGCUAGUCAAGACUGUUGCAGGGAGAGGAGACAGAGGUCACCAGCUUUGAUCUUGAACCCUUGACCUGUUGGCUGCAAUUGGAAGCCAUGGCAAUCCACCUCCUCACCAGUCACUCGUCUCCUUUCUCGAGCCUUCCCCACCCGCCUGCGCUGUCCCCCCUCCUGUGUAAAGGGAGGGGAGAGGGCCCUUCUCUCCCACAUGGCGGGUGAAGGUACCAAGUGGUUUUAAGGUACAGCUGGGAUCCUAAUCUUGCAGAUUAUUAUUUCAGUCACCUUUCAGUAUUUCCCUAUUCUCUCCUCUCUCCUGUUCUGUCUAUUCCCCCCUCCAAACCCCCCCAAAAACCAAAUCUAAACAUAAACUGCCUGCUGUGGCAAAGAACUGCGUGGUAGCCAGAGGCUUAAAGCAAAAGGUAUUAAGAGACGGUGUUCUGGCUAUUGCAGUACUUUCAAAGGAGUUUUAUAGUUCAGUCUUCUGAACUGUCCAUCAAGCAUCCUUCCCCUCAUGAUGCUCAGCCCGUCCCACUUCAUAUUUCACUGGAACCAUUUUAGCGGUGCAGGGCGGGCUCAACUCAGGCCAGGCAAGGUGAGGCAGAAAAUUUGUUUCUGCUCCGUGCAGGCUACCGGCUUGCUAGGCUCUGUACUACAUAUUCUCCAAGCUUCCAUUAACAAAAAGAGGAAGAGUUGCAUUGUGUUGAAGGGCCAUGGCCGGCCGGUCCCCCAGAUACAGCUUGUAACUGGGGCAGCUGCUCCACCAGUCCCUGCCCUGACUGGAGUGAUAAAAGUGGUGGAGAGGACCCACUGCGCCAGGAAUCACUCCACGUUGUGUGUGUUAUGGACUGUUUUUGUUGUGUUCUGUCCUCUCAUCCACACUGCCUUUAUCCUGACCCAUGGGAUCCUUUUUGUUUUGUUGGGAUCAAGAGAAAAUGGCGAUUCAGGGGAGUGGACUCAAGAUGGCUCCGGCCAGUAGGCCUCUCUUAGCGUAUGGUCUCUGACAAUUCCACUUACCGCCUGGGCAGUGCUCAGACAAUGGUUGUUCUAGCCUGCUAUGCUCCUGCCCAGUCACACCAAGCAAGUACAAGCUGGGUUUUGGUGUGUGCCAUGUUGCCAGAAUUGUGCUCCUGCCACUCCCCCCCCCCACCAAUUUCUUGUGUGGUCCCCUGAGUCCAUUGUCUCUUGUUUCCUCCUUGAGAUCAGGCUUGUGCCUCAGAGCAGUGUGCUGUUGAACAGCAGCAAUGUUUCUUUUCCUUCUCUCCCUUGCUCCAGUCAGUCUCUCUGUAGGGUCCUGGAAGCCAGGGAGAAGAUGCAACUUUAAAAGGAACUCCCUUCCCCCCUUCUUUUGUUUUGGUGAAGGGCUAGUCUUGUCUUGUGUGUCAACCCACCACCUGUGUGCAGACUUUGCGCCCUUCUCCAUGUCCUACACGGGCCUUGUCAUUGGGCAACAGCAAUAAGAAGACCCAGGACUAGGUCAAAUCUCUCCUUUCCCCUCCUGGCUUUUGUGAUGGGAUAGAGACAGGCUUACCCAACAAGCCAUUGAGAUUCCGCUGCUUUUUUGGGGGGUGGGGAAGAGCUAAAUUGAGAUACUUGUGAACCGCAGCUCCCUCUCAUGUCCCAUGCUUGGUAAUCCAGCCAGCAUUGCCAAUGCCUUCUGCAAAAUUGGCUCAUCUUCUCAGAAGAUGGACUUGUGGAGAUGGCAUGAGUGUGGUUGUUGUGUGGCAAAGCAUCAUCAUCUAGUGGAAAGGGAUCCACGGUUUGGGCAGAUGAAGAGGCCUGGCCUCUUUGUGCAUCCCCUCCCCAGCAAAGGAUCUCCAGUUUGCAGGGGCAUCUCAACCAGAACCUGAUUUGUGAGCUGAGGGCAGCUCCUAUUCCCACAGGUCAUAAGUGGUGGUGGAAACGGAUAAUGUCUUGAGCCUCCUAUAGGAAAACAAAAUAUUCCUCUGCAGCUCAUUUGUGUUUCCCCUGUUUCAAAGGAGUGGCCUCUGCAGAUGUCUGACCUGCGCUUGGAGGUGCUAAUGGAUAGGAAAAACGCUCAUGCCCACUCUUGCCACUGAGUAUCACCAGAAAAUAGCAGUCAAAUUCUGAAAUGGUAAAAUGAGCUGUACCACCUAACGGACUACAAGUGUGUGCAGAUAUCAUUCCUAAAGUUUCCAUUAAAAAAAGAAACCUUUGCAAACAUAACGCAUAAAGGGAAUCUUGGUUCACCCUUUCCACCCCUUUCUGCUUAUUUUUUUUUAGAAUAUGGUUUGUUUUGCUAAAUUUGGUUCUGCAUACAUUUGCAGCCAGAAGGGUUGCAGCCUCCUUCACCAUCUCCAUGUUCUUCUGCAUUUCUGCACCAAAUAGCACGCAAGGGGUUUUGUGGGGACAGGUCAGUUGCCUGUUGCCACCACCGCUCAGCUCCUCUCAGGCCCUUGACUUGCAAUGCCCUGCAGAGCAAGUGGAGAGAUCUCUGCUCUGGUUUCUGCUGGCUCAGUUUCCUCCUUGGGCCUUCCCAAAGCUGCUGUCAAUGUGGCCUGCAUGGUAUAGAAAGGAUGGGAAAGAAGACGGAAGCCCGAGGAAGAAGAUGGCUUCUCUCUGUCCUUGCAAGGGGAUCUCAACAAUCUCUUCUCCCUUUCCCUUUGUCUUCCUCGUAUGUCAUUUUAAUUUUUGUGUUCCUUCAAGAUUAAACAGAAACCAUCAUUGGUG